AUGACGUCUAUUAUCAAACUGACUGCUGUGUCAGGGGUGCAGGAGGAGUCUGCCCUCUGCUACCUGCUGCAGGUGGAUGAGUUCCGCUUCCUCCUGGACUGUGGCUGGGAUGAGAGCUUUUCCAUGGACAUCAUUGAUGCCAUGAAAAGGUAGAAAGUCCCAUCAUAAUCUAAGCCAGUAGUUCUCAAUGGUGUACUUGGCAUAUCAAAAGGGAGUACUUGGGAAGACUCAGAACAUAGGCCUAAUGAUUGGGUACACAUCGGGCAGGGCAAAAUGUUAUUGGAGUUACGAAUUGAGAAUCUCUGAUGUAAGCUAUCUAGAAAUCCCCACCACAGUCUUAAUUGAAUGGACUCCUAAAGUCAACAACUAGAACUUUCCCCAGUCAAUCAGAUCUCUAACGGGCCAUUCCUUCUCCUCUCCAGGUAUGUCCACCAGGUCGACGCGGUGCUCCUCUCCCAUCCCGACCCCCUGCACCUGGGGGCCCUGCCCUACGCUGUGGGCAAGCUGGGCCUCAACUGCCCCAUAUACGCCACCAUCCCCGUCUACAAGAUGGGUCAGAUGUUCAUGUAUGACCUGUAUCAGGUGAGACAGAGGUGUGUUAACCUGGUCCCAGAUCAGUUUGUGCUGUCUUGCCAACUCUGCAAGACAGCACAAACAGAACUGUGACCAGGCUAGGGGAUGUAUGCAAUGUCCUAUGCCAGCUCUCCCAAACUCGGUCCUGGGGACCCCAAGGGGUGCACGUUGUGUUUUUUGUCCUAGCACUAGACAGCUGAUUAAAAUAAUCUAAGCUUGAUGAUUAUUUCAAUCAGCUGUGUAGUGCUAGGGCAAAAACCAAAAGGGGGGAAGUACAAGAGGUAACAAUGCACUGUAAAACUAUUCUCACUAUUGUGAUAUGUUGUUUUGGUAGUCACGCAACAACACUGAGGACUUCAACCUGUUCACCCUGGAUGAUGUGGACUGCGCUUUCGACAAAAUCCAGCAGUUGAAGUACUCCCAGAUUGUCAAUCUGAAAGGUCAGUAAUCCAUGUAUCAGUGUUACAUAAUGACUCAAUUAUAAUAUAUAAUUUAUAUUGUGCUGAGUAAUGUACUGUAUCUGUUCAAACCAUAACACUGGUCUACAGUAAUCCAUAUUUCCUAUUUGACAGGGAAAGGACAUGGUCUGUCCAAUUUCUAUUGACUCCUGUUUUAUUCAUCUCUUUGUUCUAGCAAAAAACACUGGUUCAAUUGACCUUUCUACUUUUUGUUGACAGGGAAAGGACAUGGUCUGUCCAUCACUCCACUUCCUGCUGGUCACAUGAUCGGAGGGACCAUCUGGAAGAUUGUGAAGGAUGGGGAGGAGGAGAUUGUUUACGCUGUGGACUUCAACCACAAAAGAGAGAUGUGAGUAGAGAGAGGGAGAUAGAUGUGAGUAGAGGGGAAGAGAGAGAUGUGAGUAGAGAGGAAGAGAGAUGUGAGUAGAGGGGAAGAGGGAUGUGAGGAGAGGGGAAGAGGUAGAUGUGAGUAGAGGGGAAGAGGUAGAUGUGAGGAGAGGGGAAGAGGUAGAUGUGAGGAGGGGAAGAGAGAUAUGUGAGGAGAGGGGAAGAGAGAGUGAGGAGAGGGGAAGAGGUGGAGGAGGGUGAGAGGGAGGGAGGGGGAAGAGAGGGGUGUGGAGAGGGGAAUGAGAGGUUUGAGAAGGGGAAGAGGUUUUAGGAGGGGGAAGAGUAGAUGUGGGAGAGGGGAAUUAGAUGUGAGGAGAGGGAAUGAGGUAAUGUGAGGAGAGUGGGCAUAAGGAGGGGGGAGAUGGGAAGUAGAUGUGAGUAGCGGGGGAAGAGGUAGGGAGGUAGAUGUGAGGGGGGAAGAGGUAGAUGUGAGGAGAGGGGAAGAGGUAGAUGUGAGGAGAGGGGAAGAGGUAGGUGUGAGGAGAGGGGAAAGAGGUAGAUGUGAGGAGAGGGGAAGAGGUAGAUGUGAGUAGAAGGGAAAGAGAGUAGGGCCGUCCCCGACCUAAAAAAACAAGAUAUUGGUCGACCGAGAGUCGUCUGUUCUUUCGACCAAUCAAUUGGUCUAAAUGUGAUUUUACAUUUACUUAUACAUCAUUUAGCAGACGCUCUUAUCCAGAGCGACUUACAAUCAUGUGUAUUUUUCCAUAUAUAGACACAUCCUAUGUGUUUUAAUCAAAUCAACUAUAUGCACUGAGCUUGUCUGAUGCUUUAAGUGCACAGAUGACUAGAGGGAGUCCGACUGCAAUUUAUUUGAUUGUGCUGGGCUCAGACUUGCUGUGCUGUGUUAAAAAAAAAAAAGACAGCGAGUGACUGUGUGACUAGCACCCGUUGUCUCUCUCCUCCCUGCUGCAGUGACCACCACAGCAUAUCAACAUGUUUAUCAUGCUGUCCGUGUUGCUGAACCUGCAAAAUAAUUACAGCCAUUUCUGACUGAACAGUUCUGUUAACGAAAUCCCUCAUUUGUUUAGGAAAAACAUUCCCUAUUUCCUCAAUCCUUGCUCUCUUUACGUGACACAUGUAUGCAUCGCAUGCACGUGACCAAUAGGGCCUGACCUAAUAGCAUAUCAUAAUCACAUUAAUAAAUUGGUUAUAACAAACUCUGAACACCGGAACGUAUGUGACAGCAAAAUGGAUGCAGAUGACGUGACAAACUGGAAACGGGGGAAUGUUUACUGGUUGCUCAGGAGGUAAAGGGGAAGUCAGAUGUGUGGAAUAAAUUUGACUAGUUGUGGAAAAUACUGGCGAUCAAGAAAAAGAAGGUAAGGAUCAAGCGAUGCGUGCAUAUUAUGUGUGCCAAACAGGUGCUGUUAGAUUACAAUAUAAUUUUUCUGACCUUUUGGAACAACACUAAAUAAAUAAUAAGCGUACCGUAGAGUCUGUACGUUUUAUUACUUUUUUGGAAAGCCUUUAUUACAGCAAAGACUAAAAACAGUCGCAUGCAUUCGUGAAUGCAGUUACCAACAUGGAAUGGUUUAUUUACUAAUUAUUCAAGGGUCGCUUUGUUAUUUUAAAACUAAAAUGCUUGAUUGCAUUUAAAGUCAUGAAUGACUCAUGCUGUGUGAUGACAUGAAUUAUUGAUUGAUACAGUAGUAGCCUAUAUACAUAUUGGAAUAUAGGCCUAAGUUACAGUAUUAAGUCUAAACAGGAUGCGCUCUUAAACCUACAGCUCGAUGGUGGUUAUACAAGGCUGGUAUACUAAGUCUACUAAUGAUAAUGACAAUGAUGUAAUGAUGAUCACAAUAAUAAUAGUAAUAAUAACAAUAAGAAGGAGAAGGAGGAUUAUUAUUAAUAAUAUUAUUUUUCUAACAAUCUGGAACAGUGUAAACAACACAAAAUAAAUCAUAAAUAAUACCAGAGAGGCUGUUCUAACGAAAAGAAAAGUGUAAAGCCUUUAUUACAGCAUAGCAAAGAUUAAUAACAGCCAAAUUCGUGAAAUUGUUUAUCAGACAUGUUGUGGUUGCGUGAGGCUUGGUCCGCAAGGAAUCAGUAGGCUAUUAAACAAACACUCGAGAUGUGAGAGGAGAGAUGUGAGUAGAGGGGAUAGAAAGAGAGAGAUGUGAGUAGAGAGAAGGAGAGAGUUGUGAAAAGUGAUAGAGAUGAGUAGAGUGAGAGAGAUGUGUGAGAGAGAGAUGAGAGAGGGAAAGAGCAUGUAUUGUAGCUGCUGAAAUGUAUUUUUAAACUUUCUUAAUGUUACCUCGUCACCAAUUUGUUGGCCGUAUUUUGUAUGUUCUAUUGGCUAGAGGAGAGGGGGAAAGAUGGUUAGUGUUUUCUGUUUCUUUUCUCCAGCCACCUGAAUGGGUGUACGUUGGAGUCGGUGAGUCGUCCCUCCCUCCUCAUCACAGACUCCUUCAAUGCUACAUACGUGCAGCCGCGUCGCAAGCAAAGGGACGAGCAGCUCCUUAGUAAGUUAAUCAACACUCAAUCAUCUGCAAUCCUAGCCUGGUCACAGAUAUGUUUGUGCUGUCUUACCAACUCUUGUGGUCACUGGCACGUCAUGACCAGCGGAGUUGGCCAGACAACACAAAGAGAUCUGGGACCAGGCUACAGUAAUACCUAUCGGUUGAAUCUUUAAAAAAAUACUGAUUGGCCAAUCGUCCGUCCGCCCCCCCCCCCCCCCCUUCAGCCAAUGUGAUGGAGACCCUACGCGGCGACGGCAACGUGCUGAUCGCGGUGGAUACGGCAGGCCGUGUGCUGGAACUGGCUCAGCUGCUGGACCAGAUCUGGAGGACGAAGGACGCUGGGCUGGGGGUCUACUCUCUGGCCCUGCUCAACAACGUCAGCUACAACGUGGUGGAGUUCUCCAAGUCUCAGGUCUGAGCAACACACAUUCCCUUUCAUGACAUUUACGUCAUUUAGCAGACGCUCUUAUCCAGAGCGACUUACAAACUGGUGCAUUCACCUUAUAGCCAGUGGGAUAACCACUUUACAAUGUUUUUUUUUUUUUGGGGGGGGUUGGGGUAAGAGGGGGGUAGAAGGAUUACUUUAUCCUAUCCCAGGUAUUCCUUAAAGAGGUGGGGUUUCAAGUGUCUCCGGAAGGUGGUGAGUGACUCCGCUGUCCUGGCGUCGUGAGGGAGCUUGUUCCACCAUUGGGGUGCCAGAGCAGCGAACAGUUUUGACUGGGCUGAGCAGGAACUGUGCUUCCGCAGAGGUAGGGGGGCCAGCAGGCCAGAGGUGGAUGAAAGCAAUGCCCUCGUUUGGGUGUAGGGACUGAUCAGAGCCUGAAGGUACUGAGGUGCCGUUCCCCUCACAGCUCCGUAGGCAAGCACCAUGGUCUUGUAGCAGAUGCAAGCUUCAACUGGAAGCCAGUGGAGUGUGCGGAGGAGCGGGGUGACGUGAGAGAACUUGGGAAGGUUGAACACCAGACGGGCUGCGUCAUUCUGGAUGAGUUGUAGGGGUUUAAUGGCACAGGCAGGGAGCCCAGCCAACAGCGAGUUGCAGUAAUCCAGAUGGGAGAUGACAAGUGCCUGGAUUAGGACCUGUGCCGCUUCCUGUGUAAGGCAGGGUCGUACUCUCCGAAUGUUGUAGAGCAUGAACCUACAGGAUCGGGUCACCGCCUUGAUGUUAGCGGAGAACGACAGGGUGUUGUCCAGGGUCACGCCAAGGCUCUUCGCACUCUGGGAGGAGGACACAACGGAGUUGUCAACUGUGAUGGCGAGAUCAUGGAACGGGCAGUCCUUCCCCGGGAGGAAGAGCAGCUCCGUCUUGCCAAGGUUCAGCUUGAGGUGGUGAUCCGUCAUCCACACUGAUAUGUCUGCCAGACAUGCAGAGAUGCGAUUCGCCACCUGGUUAUCAGAAGGGGGAAAGGAGAAGAUUAGUUGUGUGUCGUCUGCGUAGCAAUGAUAGGAGAGGCCAUGUGAGGAUAUGACAGCCAAGUGACUUGGUGUAUAGCGAGAAUAGGAGAGGGCCUAGAACUGAGCCCUGGGGGACACCAGUGGUGAGAGCACGUGGUGCGGAGACAGCUUCUCGCCACGCCACUUGGUAGGAGCGACCGGUCAGGUAGGACGCAAUCCAAGAGUGAGCCGCGCCGGAGAUGCCCAGCUCGGAGAGGGUGGAGAGGAGGAUCUGAUGGUUCACAGUAUCAAAGGCAGCAGACCGGUCUAGAAUGACAAGAGCAGAGGAGAGAGAGUUAGCUUUAGCAGUGCGGAGAGCCUCCGUGACACAGAGAAGAGCAGUCUCAGUUGAAUGACCAGUCUUGAAACCUGACUGGUUGGGAUCAAGAAGGUCAUUCUGAGAGAGAUAGCAAGAGAGUUGGCAAAGACGGCACGCUCAAGAGUUUUAGAGAGAAAAGAAAGAAGGGAUACUGGUCUGUAGUUGUUGACAUCAGAGGGAUCGAGUGUUGGUUUUUUGAGAAGGGGUGCAACUCUCGCUCUCUUGAAGACGGAAGGGACAUAGCCAGCGGUCAAGGAUGAGUUGAUGAGCGAGGUGAGGUAAGGAAGAAGGUCACCGGAGAUGGUCUGGAGAAGAGAGGAUGGGAUAGGGUCAAGCGGGCAGGUUGUUGGGCGGCCGGCCGUCACAAGUCGCAAGAUUUUAUCUGGAGAGAGAGGGGAGAAAGAAGUCAAAGCAUAGGGUAGGGCAGUGUGAGCAGGACCAGCAGUGUCAUUUGACUUAACAAACGAGGAUUGGAUGUCGUCAACCUUCUUUUCAAAAUGGUUGACGAAGUCAUCCACAGAGAGGGAGGAGGGGGGGGGGAUUCAGCAGGGAGGAGAAGGUGGAAAAGAGCUUCCUAGGGUUAAAGGCAGAUGCUUGGAAUUUAGAGUGGUAGAAAGUGGCUUUAGCAGCAGAAACAGAAUAAUAAAAUGUAGAGAGGAGUGAGUGAAAAGAUGCCAGGUCUGCAGGGAGUCUAGUUUUCCUCCAUUUCCGCUCGGCUGCCCGGAGCCCUGUUCUGUGAGCUCGCAAUGAGUCAUCAAGCCACGGAGCUGGAGGGGAGGACCGAGCCGGCCGGGAGGAUGGGGGACAUAGAGAGUCAAAGGAUGCAGAAAGGGAGGAGAGGAGGGUUGAGGAGGCAGAAUCAGGAGAUUGGAGGGAGAAGGAUUGAGCAGAGGGAAGAGAUGAUAGGAUGGAAGAGGAGAGAGUAGCGGGAGAGAGAGAGCGAAGGUUGCGACGGCGCAUUACCAUCUGAGUAGAGGCAGAGUGAGUAGUGUUGGAGGAGAGCGAGAGAGAAAAGGAUACAAAGUAGUGGUCGGGGAGUUGCAGUGAGAUUAGUAGAAGAACAGCAUCUAGUAAAGAUGAGGUCAAGCGUAUUGCCUGCCUUGUGAGUAGGGGGGGACGGUGAGAGGGUGAGGUCAAAAGAGGAGAGGAGUGGAAAGGAGGAGGCAGAGAGAAAUGAGUCAAAGGUAGACGUAGGGAGGUUGAAGUCCCCCAGAACUGUGAGGGGUGAGCCAUCCUCAGGAAAGGAACUUAUCAAGGCGUCAAGCUCAUUGAUGAACUCUCCAAGGGAACCUGGAGGGCGAUAAAUGACAAGGAUGUUAAGCUUAAAUGGGCUAGUGACUGUGACAGCAUGGAAUUCAAAUGAGGAGAUAGACAGAUGGGUCAGGGGAAAAAUAGAGAAUGUCCACUUGGGAGAGAUGAGGAUUCCUGUGCCACCACCCCGCUGACCAGAUGCUCUCGGGGUAUGCGAGAACACAUGGUCAGACGAGGAGAGAGCAGUAGGAGUAGCAGUGUUUUCAGUGGUAAUCCAUGUUUCCGUCAGCGCCAAGAAGUCGAGGGACUGGAGGGUAGCAUAGGCUGAGAUGAACUCUGCCUUGUUGGCAGCAGAACGGCAGUUCCAGAGGCUGCCUGAGACCUGGAACUCCACGUGGGUGGUGCGUGCAGGGACCACCAGGUUAGAGAGGCAGCAGCCACGCGGUGUGAGGCGUUUGUAUAGCCUGUGCGGAGAGGAGAGAACAGGGUUAGACAGAGGCAUAGUUGACAGGCUACAGAAAAUGGCUACAAUAAUGCAAAGGAGAUCGGAAUGAAAUUAACUAAACAUCUGGGAAAGGAGAGAGCGGGGCCUCCCUCACCAGCGGGGCCUCCCUCACCACAACAUCCAAAUAUAACUCUCCCAACUUCCACCUCAGAAACUAUAAUUUUUGUAAACUACAGCAGUUCAAUGUUUUGUAGGAAUAGACUAACUUAGUUUAUUCAGCUAGCUAACUUGGUACAGUAUUCUUCCGUGAAAAUCGUCCAGGGCACCUAGUCAUAAGACGCCACAGCCAGCUAGCAUGCCGGACUCCAACAACACGGUUUAGCACCAAUACUCGGCCACAACAAACCACCAGUGUGUCAACACGCCAAGCAGAUCAUUCGUGUCCGUGUCUAACGUUGUGGGUUAGUCCCGACAGCUUGAGCGAGUCCGUCGUCAACAUGACCAUACAGUACCAGACAAAUCUGAGUGUGUGCUUCAGCUGCCUGGAGUGCCAGAUGGGUGGGAUUUGCAUUGGUUCAGUUGCAUCAUGCGAGCACAGCUAAAAAGUAUUUGAAAGAUCUCAAAUGUUUUUACCCAGGUCCAGUACCAUAUACACUUCUGUUCAAAAGUUUUGGGUCACUUAGAAAUGUCCUUGUUUUCGAAAGAAAAGCAAUUUUUUUGUAGAUUAAAAUAACAUCAAAUUGAUCCGAAAUACAGUGUAGACACUGUUAAUGUUGUAAAUGGCUAUUGUAGCUGGAAACCGCUGAUUUAAUGGAAUAUCUACAUAGGCGUACAGAGGCCCAUUAUCAGCAACCAUCAGUCCUGUGUUCCAAUGGCACGUUGUGUUUGCUAAUCCAAGUUUAUCAUUUUAAAAGGCUAAUUGAUCAUUAGAAAACCCUUUUGCAAUUCUGUUAGCACAGCUGAAAACUGUUGUGCUGAUUAAAGAAGCAAUAAAACUGGCCUUCUUGAGACUAGUUGAGUAUCUGGAACAUCAGCAAUUGUGGGUUCGAUUACAGGCUCAAAAUGGCCAGAAACAAGGAACUUUCUUCUGAAACUCGUCAGUCUAUUCUUGUUCUGAGAAAUGAAGGCUAUUCCAUGCGAGAAAUUGCCAAGAAACUGAAGAUCUCGUACAACGCUGUGUACUACUCCCUUUACAGAACAGCGCAAACUGGCUCUAACCAGAAUAGAAAGAGGAGUGGGAAGCCCCUGUGCACAACUGAGCAAGAGGACAAAUACAGUAGUGUCUAGUUUGAGAAACAGACGCCUCACAGGUCCUCAACUGGCAGCUUCAUUAAAUAGUACCCGCAAAAAACCAGUCUCAACAUCAACAGUGAAGAGGCGACUCCGGGAUGCUGACCUUCUAGGCAGAGUUGCAAAGAAAAAGCCAUAUCUCAGACUGGCCAAUAAAAAGAAAAGAUUAAGAUGGGCCAAAGAACAUAGACACUGGACAGAGGAAGAUUGGAAAAAAGUGUUAUGGACAGACGAAUCGAAGUUUGAGGUGUUCGGAUAACAAAGAAGAACAUUUGUGAGACGCAGACCAAAUGAAAAGAUGCUGGAGAGUGCUUGAUGCCAUCUGUCAAGCAUGGUGGAGGCAAUGUGAUGGUCUGGGGGUGCUUUGGUGGUGGUAAAGUGGGAGAUUUGUACAGGGUAAAAGGGAUCUUGAAGAAGGAAGGCUAUCACUCCAGCCAAUUUCCUCCUACAACAGGACAAUGACCCAAAGCACAGCUCCAAACUAUUCAAUAACUAUUUAGGGAAGAAGCAGUCAGCUUGUAUUCUGUCCAUAAUGGAGUGGCCAGCACAGUCACCGGAUCUCAACCCUAUUGAGCUGUUGUGGGAGCAGCUUGACCGUGUGGUACGUAAGAAGUGCCCAUCAAGCCAAUCCAACUUGUGGGAGGUGCUUCAGGAAGCAUGGGGUGAAAUCUCUUCAGAUUACGUCAACAAAUUGACAACUAGAAUGCCAAAGGUCUGCAAGGCUGUAAUUGCUGCAAAUGGAGGAUUCUUUGACGAAAGCUUGAAGGACACAAUUAUUAUUUAUAUUUAAAAAUCAUUAUUUCUAACCUUGUCAAUGACUACAUUUUCCUAUGCAUUUUGCUAUAUUUCCUAUUCAAACUCAUUUAAUGUAUGUUUUAAUGGAAAACAAGGACAUUUCUAAGUGACCCCAAACUUUUGAGCGGUAGUGAACAUAUGUGUGCUUAUAUUCACUUUUCAAUUGUGCUCACUACUCAUUCAUGUGGGGUUUCAUUUGUAACACGUUUGUAACAUGCUGUGUCUUUUGAAAGAUAGUAAAAUGUUUGCAUUUUGUGGCAUGGAAUUAAUCUUUUUCCCAAAAUGUAGCAUGUCACAAACGGUAGCCCAUACAGUCUGUGUCGCAUCACUCUGUCAUUGUAAUAGGCAUGGUAACAGUAUUCGUGACUCUGUUAUAUUCUCCCCUACAGGUGGAGUGGAUGAGUGACAAGCUGAUGCGCUGCUUCGAAGACAAGCGCAACAACCCCUUCCAGUUCCGCCACCUGUCCCUCUGCCACAGCCUGGCCGACCUGGCCCGCGUGCCCAGCCCCAAGGUGGUGCUCUGCAGCCAGCCCGACCUGGAGUCUGGCUUCUCCCGCGAGCUCUUCAUCCAAUGGUGUCAGGACGCCAAGAACUCUGUGAUCCUUACCUACCGUACCACACCUGGCACCCUGGGCCGCUACCUCAUCGACAACCCCGGGGAGAAGAUGCUGGACCUGGAGGUGAAACUAUAAGAGAAGGCUUUAGGGAAGAAGAGCGGCCAUGUUGGCUCAGAGUUUUGGAUUGAUCUGUUUUAGUGCAGCGUGUCCAUAUGGCUCUUCCUGUCUCAACUCAAGCGUGGAAACAGCUUGAUGUGUCACACUGGCUUUCUCAACACCCCCCUUCCCCUUCAUUUAUUUUUCUUGUCAUGUUGACAGAUUAGGAAACGGGUGAAGCUGGAAGGCAGGGAGCUGGAAGAAUACCUGGAGAAAGAGAGAAUGAAGAAGGAAGCUGCCAAAAAACUUGAAGAAGAAAAAGAGUGAGUCACUGACACUUUCUUUAUUUCUGGCCUGUUCAUAUUUACAAUACUACAGCACUGUGAAUAAUAUUCUUCCAGGUGGGUUAGUGGUAUUGUUUAGCUGUUUUCUGUGUGUUUGUAUGUGUGCGCACAAAUUUAAUUUCAGUCAUUUAGUAGACGCUCUUAUACAGAGCAACUAACAGUGCAUCCAUUUUAAGGUAACUAGGUGAGACCACCACAUAACAGCACAGUUGGUGUCCAUGAAUGAAGAUGUGUUUGUCUUUGUGGUGACAAAACACAGCGAGAUUGUGCGUGUCUAAUAUAUUUGUGUCUAUCUCAGGGUGGACUUGGACUCGAGUGACGAGAGCGACAUGGAGGAUGACCUGGAGCUGCCAGCGGUAGUGAAGACCAAACACCACGACCUCAUGAUGAAGGGAGACGGCGUCCGCAAGGGCAGCUUCUUCAAACAGGCCAAGAAGUCCUACCCCAUGUUCCCCACCCACGAGGAGAGGGUCAAAUGGGACGAGUACGGGGAGAUCAUCAGGUACUGGAGUCAGUGAAGUAGUAUUAUGGAGCGAUCAUCAGGUUCUGGAGUCAGUGAACUAGUAUUAUGGAGCGAUCAUCAGGUUCUGGAGUCAGUGAACUAGUAUUAUGGAGCGAUCAUCAGGUUCUGGAGUCAGUGAACUAGUAUUAUGGAGCGAUCAUCAGGUUCUGGAGUCAGUGAACUAGUAUUAUGGAGAGAUCAGGUACUGUAGUCAGUGUACUAGUAUUAUGGAGAGAUCAGGUACUGUAGUCAGUGUACUAGUAUUAUGGAGAGAUCAGGUAACGUAGAAACCUUUUGGAUAAUGAGCUCUAGCUAUGCAUUGGAUUUGUUGUUGUAGCAGCUCCAGAUGAGGUCACACAAUAAGGUACUAAUGAAUGACUGUCUGUCUCCAGACCGGAGGACUUCCUGGUACCAGAGCUCCAGGCCACAGAGGAGGAGAAGAACAAGCUGGAGUCGGGCAUGGCCAACGGGGACGAACCCAUGGACCAAGACUCCUCAUCCAAAGUACCCACCAAGUGUACCUCCACUACAGAGAACCUAGAGAUCAAGUAAGUGGGCUCCACCCACCUAAAUGUAGAGCAGACGUAUUCAGAGCCUCUCACUGCACAAAUCAUUCUGAUAUAUAUUCUAAUGACUUACAAGGAAGGAAAAAUGUACGUUUGUGAUUUUAAUUAUACUUGUGGACAUGCCAAGACUAUAAAGUAAUUUUUUAUUUGCGCAAAAUAUGAAUAGUGCCUUAUUAUCUUUUUCUAAUAUGAUCCUAUAAAUAAUUGUUUUGACACACGUUUUAUCUUAAUAAUGCAUAUUUGAAAUAUUGAGAAAUGAUCAAUUCUGGUCUGAUCUUCCUGUGCAGAGCUAGAGUGACGUACAUCGACUACGAGGGCCGCUCGGACGGCGACUCCAUCAAGAAGAUCAUUAACCAGAUGAAGCCGCGGCAGCUGGUGAUCGUGCACGGGCCCCCCGAGGCCAGCCUGGACCUGGCCGAGUCCUGCAAGGCCUUCACCAAGGACAUCAAGGUCUACACGCCGAAGCUGCAGGAGACUGUAGACGCCACCAGUGAGACACACAUCUACCAGGUAGAAUGUCAUACAUAAGUCCAUGCUCAUGCAGGAUAUUUUUUGACAGAUUUUUUUUUACUAAUGCCCUGUGAAUAAUUGAAGCCAUUGAUAUAUAUUUUUAUGUUAUCACAAUUCACCAGUCAGAAAGUUGAUGUGCUUUAGUAACUGUUACUGUAACUAAUCAAACCCAGGUCAAGCCAUCUUAGAAUUCUGGACCAGACAAUGGAUCAAUUGUGUAUAAGGUUUAUAAUAAUAUUAUAAUAUAUGCCAUUUAGCAGACGCUUUUAUCCAAAGUGACUUCCAGUCAGGCGUGCAUAAAUAUUACGUAUGGGUGGUCCCGGGAAUCAAACCCACUAUCUUGGCGUUGCAAGCACCAUGCUUUACCAACUGAGCUACAGGAGCAGUUUAUUUGUGUGCAGAAACGUAUAGAAACAUGUAAACGUUGAGCUUAACCACUUUCUGUCGUAUGUACAUAAGAUGUUGUAUUCUUCUUCCCCAGGUGCGAUUGAAAGACUCACUGGUGAGCUCGCUGCAGUUCUGCCGCGCCAAGGACACAGAGCUGGCGUGGAUCGACGGUGUACUUGACAUGCGUGUGGUCAAGGUGGACACAGGCGUGCUGCCCGAGGAGGGCGUAGUGAAAGGCGAGGAGGUUGUUGAAGACAGCGAGCUGGCCAUGGACGUGACCCCUGCUGACCACGCCACAACGGACCAUAGCGUGGUUGCGCAGCAGCGCGCCAUGAAGACGUUGUUUGGCGAGGACGUGCGCGAGCCGUCAGAGGAGAGUGAUGUCAUCCCCACCCUGGAGCCCCUGCCCGCCCACGAGGUGAGAGAGAGCGCUGGCCCCAUGGGGAGAGGGAGAGAGAGCGCUGGCCCCAUGGGGAGAGGGAGAGAGAGCGCUGGCCCCAUGGGGAGAGAGAGCGCUGGCCCCAUGGGGAGAGGGAGAGAGAGCGCUGGCCCCGGGGGAGAGGGAGAGAGAGCGCUGGCCCCGGGGGAGAGGGAGAGAGAGCGCUGGCCCCGGGGGAGAGGGAGAGAGAGCGCUGGCCCCGGGGGAGAGGGAGAGAGAGCGCUGGCCCCGGGGGAGAGGGAGAGGGAGCGCUGGCCCCGAGGGAGAGGGAGCGCUGGCCCCGGGGGAGAGGGAGAGGGAGAGAGAGCGCUGGCCCCGGGGGAGAGGGAGAGAGAGCGCUGGCCCCGGGGGAGAGGAAGAGAGAGCGCUGGCCCCGGGGGAGAGGGAGAGAGAGCGCUGGCCCCGGGGGAGAGGGAGAGAUGCGCUGGCCCCAGAGGGAGAGCUGGCCCCCAGGGGGAGAGAGAGACAACAGAGUUGAUCCCAUGACUUUUUUAUUCAGAGGGGGAAAUGAUGGGUUCACCUUGUUGGUAAACAGAGAACAAUAGGAGAAUAGAAACAGAGAGCAGCAGAAUGGACAGGAAGGAAGCUAGCCUGUGGUUAAUUCAGCAAGAGAGAGAAGGGAGUGCACAGAUGUCAAUACAUCUUCAGCAUCUUAAUCUUUACCAAAACUAAGGUGAAAAUGUUAUGGUAAACAUUGUGAUCAACCACAUUUUGAUUUCCAUAUUUCAAAAUGAAUUAAUUAUAAUAUGGUCAAAACUAAUGAGAUCAGAAGCUGUGUAGUUGUGGUUGCACUUAUCCACAGAGAGUCAAACUGAUGUGAGAUCAGAUUUACCAGUAUAUUAACUGUAUGUUUGUUGUUCCACAGAGUGCAUUCAGUCCAACUGAUCUAAGAUCAGAGGUGCAUUCAACAAGGGAAAUAGUUUGCAAACGUUAGCUAACAUAUUCCAUUUACACUGAGCAAAAAUAUAAACGCAACAUGUAAAGUGUUGGGCCCAUGUUUCAUGAGCUGAAAUAAAAGAUUCCAGAAAUAUUCCAUACGCACAAAAAGCUUAUUCCUCUCAAAUGUUGUGCACAAAUUUGUUUACAUCCCUCUUAGUGAGCAUUUCUCCUUUGCCAAGAUAAUACAUCCACCUGACAGGUGUGACAUAUCAAGACGCUGAUUAAACAGCAUGAUCAUUACACAGGUGGACCCUGUGCUGGGGACAAUAAAAGGCCACUCUAAAAUGUGCAGUUUUGUUACAACACAAUGCCACAGAUUUCUCAAGUUUUGAGGGAGUGUGCAAGUGGCAUGCUGACUGCAGGAUGAUUGUCCACCAGAGCUGUUGCCAGAGAAUUGAAUGUAAAUUUCUCUACCAUAAGCCGCCUCCAACAAUGUUUACCAUAAGCUACCUUCAAUGUCCAACCGGCCUCACAACCACAGACCACGUUUAUGGCGUUGUGAGGGCGAGCGGUUUGCUGAUGUCAACGUUGUGAAGAGUGCCGCAUGGUGGCGGUGGGGUUAUGGUAUGGGCAGGCAUAAGCUACGAACAACGAACACAAUUGCAUUGUAUCGAUGGCAAUUUGAAUGCACAGGAAUACCGUGACAAAAUCCUGAGGCCCAUUUUUUUUUUUUACAUAUCUGUGACCAACAGAUUCAUAUCUGUAUUCCCAGUCGUGAAAUCCAUAGAUUAGGGCCUAAUGAAUUUAUUUCAAUUGACUGAUUUCCUCAUAUAAACUGUAACUCAGUAAAAUCUUUGAAAUUGUUGCAUGUUGCGUUUAAUUUUUUGAGACGGUAGUGUGCGACAAACGUGUCUGUUUCUGGUCUAAACUGCCGUUACAAAUAAUCAUGUAGUCAUGUAUAAGUAAUAGCAAAGUGAUUUACAGUUUGAUUAUUGCCUGUAAAAUGCCACAGUAAUCCUUACAAAAAAUGUGCUGUUCAAUGUUUUACCAUAACAUUUUGGAAUAUCCAUUCAAAUCGUUCAACUGAAAUUGUUACUAAGUAACAUGUUCGCCGCAAACAGAAGCCUUGUUAAACUCACCUCUGAUGUAUAGCGACUGUAUGGUUUUAGUUCCACAGAGUCCCAAUGGUCUGGGAUCAGGUGUAUAGAAAGAAGAUGUGGUUCUAAACCAUGCACACCCUGUCUAACUCACAGAUCCCAGGCCACCAGUCAGUGUUUAUCAACGAGCCGCGCCUGUCCGACUUCAAGCAGGUGCUGCUGAGGGAGGGCAUUCAGGCUGAGUUUGUGGGAGGAGUGCUGGUGUGUAACAACAUGGUGGCUGUCCGCAGGGUGAGUUUUCCAUCCGUCUGUCACCCCCCCCCCCCAACACACAGUAUGGUUAUUCAUUCAGCUCUGUAUUCAUUCUGCACCAACUCAGUGGCCUUGUGGUUAGUGUCUGCCCUGAGGUUGGGAGUUCGAUCCUCGGCCGAGUCAUACCAAAGUCUCUGCUUGGCACUCAGCAUUAAGGAGAUAGAUUGGGGGUAAGGCCCUGUGAUAGACUAGCGUCCUGUCCAGGGGGUGUACAUGAACAUCAAGCUGCCACGCUACACAAAUAGGAGAUAGGCUCCUGCUCACUAGCCAAGGCUCCUUCCAUUCAGCUCUCUUGACAGCAUAAGCCAACCCCUUCCCUGACCUGCUACAUGAGAAAGGGUAAAUAAACCCAAAGGGUGCAUGGGGUGGCCUGUUUGUCAACAAAAUGACCUAUUGUAUAUGUACAGUGGGGAGAACAAGUAUUUGACACACUGCCGAUUUUUGCAGGUUUUCCUACUUACAAAGCAUGUAGAGGUCUGUAAUUGUUAUCAUAGGUACACUUCAACUGUGAGAGACGGAAUCUAAAACAAAAAUCCAGAAAAUCACAUUGUAUGAUUUUUAAAUAAUGAAUUUGCAUUUUAUUGCAUGACAUAAGUAUUUGAUCACCUACCAACCAGUAAGAAUUCCGGCUCUCACAGACCUGUUAGUUUUUCUUUAAGAAGCCCUCCUGUUCUCCACUCAUUACCUGUAUUAACUGCACCUGUUUGAACUCGUUACCUGUAUAAAAGACACCUGUCCACACACUCAAUCAAAGAGACUCCAACCUCUCCACAAUGGGCAAGACCAGAGAGCUGUGUAAGGACAUCAGGGAUAAAAUUGUAGACCUGCACAAGGCUGGGAUGGGCUAAAGGACAAUAGGCAAGCAGCUUGGUGAGAAGGCAACAACUGUUGGCGCAAUUAUUAGAAAAUGGAAGAAGUUCAAGAUGACGGUCAAUCACCCUCGGUCUGGGGCUCCAUGCAAGAUCUCACCUCGUGGGACAUCAAUGAUCAUGAGGAAGGUGACGGAUCAGCCCAGAACUACACGGCAGGACCUGGUCAAUGACCUGAAGAGAGCUGGGACCACAGUCUCAAAGAAAACCAUUAGUAACACACUACGCCGUCAUGGAUUAAAAUCCUGCAGCGCACGCAAGGUCCCCCUGCUCAAGCCAGCGCAUGUCCAGGCUGUCUGAAAUUUGCCAAUGACCAUCUGGAUGAUCCAGAGGAGGAAUGGGAGAAGGUCAUGUGAUCUGAUGAGACAAAAAUAGAGCUUUUUGGUCUAAACUCCACUCGCCGUGUUUGGAGGAAGAAGAAGGAUGAGUACAACCCCAAGAACACCAUCCCAACCGUGAAGCAUGGAGGUGGAAACAUCAUUCUUUGGGGAUGCUUUUCUGCAAAGGGGACAGGACGACUGCACCGUAUUGAGGGGAGGAUGGAUGGGGCCAUGUAUCGCGAGAUCUUGGCCAACAACCUCCUUCCCUCAGUAAGAGCAUUGAAGAUGGGUCGUGGCUGGGUCUUCCAGCAUGACAACGACCCGAAAACACACAGCCAGGGCAACUAAGGAGUGGCUCCGUAAGAAGCAUCUCAAGGUCCUGGAGUGGCCUAGCCAGUCUCCAGACCUGAACCCAAUAGAAAAUCUUUGGAGGGAGCUGAAAGUCCGUAUUGCCCAGCGACAGCCCCGAAACCUGAAGGAUCUGGAGAAGGUCUGUAUGGAGGAGUGGGCCAAAAUCCCUGCUGCAGUGUGUGCAAACCUGGUCAAGACCUACAGGAAACAUAUGAUCUCUGUAAUUGCAAACAAAGGUUUCUGUACCAAAUAUUAAGUUCUGCUUUUCUGAUGUAUCAAAUACUUAUGUCAUGCAAUAAAAUGCAAAUUAAUUACUUAAAAAUCAUACAAUGUGAUUUUCUGGAUUUUUGUUUUAGAUUCCGUCUCUCACAGUUGAAGUGUACCUAUGAUAAAAAUUACAGACCUCUACAUGCUUUGUAAGUAGGAAAACCUGCAAAAUCGGCAGUGUAUCAAAUACUUGUUCUCCCCACUGUAUCUAACUUGAAUUUAAUUGAAAAGCAAUUCUUAUUUAUUUACAAGAAUGCUCCGGGGAAGGAACGAUGACGCGGAAACGACACCAUCAAUUUUAUUCAGAGUUGGCGAUUAGCAGUAUGCAGUCUGAAGAGCCAAGACUUUAACCUAUGUGCCAACAAACCAUUUCUGUUUGUGUACAAAAGUCAGCACCACUCAAUCUCCAUUUCGCAUCUACUUGUGACCCCUCUAACCCUAGUCUCCUCUCCUCUCCUGUACAGACGGAGGCUGGGCGCAUCGGCCUGGAGGGAUGCCUAUGUGAUGACUACUAUAAGAUACGUGAGCUGCUCUAUCAGCAGUAUGCUGUGCUGUAGGAGAGAGGAGGAGCAGAGAUGGUGUCAGCCAUGACAGUAUCACACAGACAUUCCGUUAGGAGGAGAAGGGAUGGAGAGGAGAGAGGACUAUUACCCAGAGGACCACGGGGUUCUAGGUGUUCUCCACACACAGGCUACCUGAGCUCCCCUCCGGAGUCUCUCCAGCUGUUUGACUUCCAACCGCAAUGUUGAUUUGUCCUUUUUUCCCCCCUUUAAAAAUCUGUUUACUGUUAUGUUUGUUGUGCGUCUUUCCCCCCCGCAGUGAGAGACAGAUGGGCUCUUCUGGAGUGACCUCUUGAUGCGAACACAUGAUGUGCGAACGAACGAUAACCCUUAGGGUCAUUUUUACCUCUCCUCAAGCCCCCUCGGCUCUGGACUAGACUGGCUGGCGAGGCGAAAGCUCACCACUGGAGAGUCCCAACAUCGUUCCACAUAGGCUGGAAUGGUUUAUCAGUGUAUCUGUUUUUUUUGUUUCUCAUUAAAGCUGCAAUAUGUAACUU